CAUGGCCGCCAAGCUAAAAGAUGAAGUGGAAAAGAGUACGUAUGUUGCCCCACUUCGAUCUGGCCGUGUCUUAUCGGAAGCAGACGAUUGGUUCACUCCCCGAGUCCAUCCGCACGGUAUUGGCAGAUGGGGACGUGGGGAAAAGAACGAAAGAAUCGGUACAGGAAACUAUCAAGAACAACACAUGCCCUGUUUAUUAGAAUCUGACUUUACCGCCACCACAAUUAGAAAAAGCGAACGAGCCGGAAAUUUACAUAGGCAAACCCCUUGUUGGUCCCAUUUGCCUCCUCCAAACGUUCCAUUAUCUGGAAGAGAUCCUCCCCAUAGGCAAAUGCAUUUGAUUUAUUCUUCGACUAAUAUAGAUCCAAUGAAUACGCCAGCGAAACCUCUAAGAGAACCGGAGCAUCUCUACUGGGCAAGAUACGCUUACGUAGAUGGAGCGAAUGGUACUAUGAGAACGCCACCUGCCGACUAUAAAGUAUUCGAUCCCUGGUUAACAAGACCGUAA